CUCUUAUUAGAUGAGUGAAGGUGAUUAGGUGUUGGGGAAAAUGGACUAUUAGACAUACAAAAUUAUCAAGGAGUAAAAUGAGCAAGGCUAAGUUAAAAUUACAGAAAACGAAGUAGAAAUUGAGAGAUUAAAAGCAACAUUAAGAGAAUUAAUAUUAAGAACGGAAGAAAUGCAUAAGGAUUUUGAAAACCAAGAAUAAGUACUUCUAAAGAUUAUAAAGUUAGGAAAAAAUUAUUUUGGAAAAGAAUAUUGAAUAAAUCAGAAGUGAAGAUGAAUCUAAGUAAUUUAAAUUGAAAGACCAAUUGAUUCAAUUUGAAAACCGAUAUACAAAAUAAGAAAAGCUAAAUGAAAUAGAAUUCAAUUAAUAACAAUUCAGAGAACCAAAUAGAUAUUUUUGUGAUGUAAUUUAUGUAGAUAUAUUUAGAUAUAAAAAUGCAAGGAUGGCAAAAAUUAAUUGAAAAUCUUGUUCCACCAAGACUUUAAGGUAAAACAGUUGUUGACUGAUAUUCAGUAAGACUCUACGAAUUUUAUUGCUUAUUUGGAAAAUAAAGAUAUUUCUCAUGUGAUUAAACAGCAAAUUCUAUCAGAUUCAAUUAAUAAUUAAGUGAUGUAAGGAAAUGAGAUAACCAUUAAAAUUGAAUGA